AAAAACGGCGCGCGCAAAGCUGUGAAAAUCACAAUAUGGCCGCCGCGUCGUUAGCGCGCCAAAAGAAACGUCAGAGCGCGCGACAUCUACCGGGCGUAGGCGCGGAGUGUGUUCCAAAAUCGAAAUAGUUCAGUUGUGAUUUAACUGUGACACUGUGGUGUCGUGAUGUGAUAUAUUUGUUAGUGUUGUGUAGUGUUAAGUGUUAUAAUGUCUGAGGAGCGGUCGAGGCGGUUGUCGCAGAUCUUCGACCCUCUGGCGAGGUUCACCGACCUGAGCGGGGCUGGUCACUCGGCCAGUACGCCGAACAGCCCGCGGCUGAUGCCGAGGCGGUCGAGGGAGCCGCCACCACCGCCACCUAGACCGAUCGCCCACUCCUCCCGCCUGGACCCCUUGGAGUACGAGCUGGCGGCGGCGGACGCGGCCGUGAACUGGCAGGAGCGCUGCCUGGAACUGCAGCUGGAGUUGCACCGCAGCCGGCACCAGGCCACCAGGGUGCGGGACAUGCUGCGAGACAAGGUGAUCGUGGCGCGCAUCCUAGGCCUACUGGUGUAG